AUGCCUGGCUUCGACUUCACCAACUAUAACCGCAACGCGGCCCUGCACUCGCAGGGCGUCCCACUGCCCAAGGCCACCAGUACCGGAACGACCAUUGUCGGGUGCAUAUAUGAUGGCGGUGUCGUGAUCGCUGCCGACACGCGUGCCACCUCGGGCCCCAUCGUCGCCGACAAGAACUGCGAGAAGCUGCACUACAUCACGCCGCAGAUCUGGUGCGCCGGCGCCGGCACCGCCGCCGACACCGAGUUCACCACCGCCCUCAUCUCCUCCCAGCUCGAGCUGCACUCGCUCUCCACCGGCCGCAAGCCCCGCGUCGUCACCUGCAUGACCAUGCUCAAGCAGCACCUCUUCCGCUACCAGGGCCACAUCGGCGCCUACCUCGUCGUCGCCGGCUGCGACCCCACCGGCGUCCACCUCUUCACCGUCCACGCCCACGGCAGCACCGACAAGCUGCCCUACGUCACCAUGGGCAGCGGCUCCCUCGCCGCCAUGAGCAUCUUCGAGACCCAGUGGCGCCCCAACAUGACGCGCGACGACGCCGUCAAGCUCACCAGCGACGCCAUCCUCGCGGGCAUCUUCAACGACCUCGGCUCCGGUUCCAACGUCGACGUCGCGGUCAUCACAAACGAGAAGACGACGCUGCUCCGCAACUUCAUCAAGCCCAACGAAAAGUCGGCCAAGCUGCAGAGCUACGUCUUCCCCAAGGGCACCACCAACGUUCUCAACGAGCGCAUUAUCAAGAAGAAUGAGAUUGGUAGAUAUAUCACGGUUACAGAGGUACCUUCGGGAGGCGACCAGAUGGAGGUUGACACGUAA